CACUAAAUAUACAAAUCUUCUCGUGUUAAAAAAUCUCACUCACUGCUAAGAAAUGGGUCUUAAAGGCAAGUUGGUCUCUCAAAUAGAGAUGAAGUGUGCUGGGCAUUUGCUUCAUGAGCACUUCAAAUCAAAUCCACACAAAACAUCAACCAUGUCUCCUAAUAAGGUAACAAAUUUUGCGUUACAUGAAGGUCAGUUGGGUCAUACUGGCUCAGUUGUUAGUUGGAAAUUUAUUCUUGGAGGAAAAGAGAGGCAUGCCAAGCAAGUCCUUCACAUAGAUGACUCAAAAAAGUCAAUCACCUUCAAUUUUGUUGAAGGAUAUAUGAAUGAAUUAUACAAGUCCAUGACAGUUACAUUGACUGCAGACGGAAACUGGAUGACUUGGACUAUUGUGUAUGAGAAAUUGAAUGAAAACAUUCCAGAGCCCAUUGAUCUUCUGGAACUUACUAUUGGUCUCCUCAAAGAUCUUGAGCCUCACCAUGUUGGUAAAUAGAUCUUUGUCACCAUUCCCAACAAUGUGAUGAAGUAUUAUGGCUAUCCUAAAUGCUAUGAAUAAACAAAA